ACUCAGAGGGAAGCAAAAGAGUCACACUGGAGGUAAACAGAAAGCUUCUUUGAGGACAACUCACAGCGAGACGGUCACUGGACUGAAAGGGUGCUGAGGCUGGCGGGCUGGAUGCAGUCGUCAUGGUGAAGGAUGUUCCGGAAAGUGAAAAAGCGCCACAGCAGUAGCAGCUCGCAAAGCAGUGAGAUCAGCACCAAAAGCAAAUCGGUGGAUUCCAGUUUGGGGGGGCUCUCCAGAUCCAGCACCGUUGCCAGCCUUGACACUGACUCCACCAAGAGCUCAGGCAACAGCACCUCUGAGACAUGCGCUGAGUUCCGGGUCAAAUAUGUCGGAGCCAUUGAGAAGUUAAAGUUUGACAUGAGCCGAUCCCUGCAGGAGCCUCUGGACCUCAUCAACUACAUCGAUGCAGCUCAGCAAGACGGAAAGCUGCCCUUCGUGCCCAGAGACGAGGAGAUGAUUCUGGGAGUGUCCAAGUACGGAGUGAAAGUGGCCUCUCUGGACCAGUGUGACGUGCUGCAUCGCCACCCUCUCUACCUGAUCGUGCGCAUGCUGUGCUACGAUGACGGCCUGGGUGCAGGGAAGAACCUCCUCGCUUUGAAAACCACCGACGCAGAGCAGGAGGAGUGCAGCAUCUGGGUGUACCAGUGCAGCAGCUCAGAGCACGCUCAGUCCAUCUGCAAGGUGCUGUCGGCUUCUUUUGACUGUGUUCUGACAUCAGAAAAGUCCUGAGGCCAGCGGCGUGGACCCGAGCUGAGUUUCUUUUAAAAGAGGGACAAAAACAACCGCCAGGCAACAACAUUUCACCCCUCAACAGUGAUAACAAAAUGUGCGAUCAUUUCCUUUUUUCCUAGCUUUGUUUUCCGUUUGGAGAGAUUAGCUGCAGGAGAAGUCAUGAAUGUUUUCCACAUUACUUAACAGGAAAAAAAAAUCAUGAUUUGAACCGUAACAAUAUCAAUGUCCCUUGGUCAUCGUUCUCCAGAAACACUGUGAAUCUGUCUGAAUCAUUUCCACGGACUGACUUUGGUUUGUUUUUUUCACUUCUCACUUAAGUCAAGAGCAAAAAAAAAAGAAGUGUUGGAAAAAAGGGAAAUUGUUACAUUAAGGAGAUACGCAUUGAUAUACAUUACAUCUACUUUAAUUGCUUUUAAUGUAAAUGAUGGUACUGAAUAUCACCCAUGUCCACACAGCUGAGUCAGCAUUGACAUUCAUCAGCAGAAAUCAACAAGGUACAGACACGGUCAUGGAAAGCUCCAGAGAUUUUAGUUUUUACAUCCUUGUGUGUUUUGUUGUGUUUCAGGUCAAACAGUAUUGGUACAGUAACAGUCACUUUAAACUUGUAUUCAAAGGUACAUGCUCAUUCUUUGGCCCUCAUUCUGUAUUUUAUCACCUGAUUGAGCAGUCUUACUUUGACUUCAUUUGUGGCAUUUACUCACUUUUAAUAACUGUUUUUUUUCCUUUUAUUGUAUUUUUUUUAAUGUCGUUAUACUGAAAGUUUCUUGGUACCAAACCCUUGAAGUGUUUUCUCAUAGGUUUCGUGUUGUAGUGUGUUAUAAAUGCACUAAUUCCAUAAGAUUCGCUGAGAGUGAAACAAGGUGAAUCACAAUAUGCUGUCAAGAGAUUUAUGAAGAAAAUACUGUUUACAGUCUCGGUACUGACUUGAGUUCAUCAUGUAUAUAUGAUGUGAUGUGAAAAUGUGUGACAACAGGGAAAAGAAAGAGUGUGAUCUGGUACGUUGAAGGAGUGAAAAGCUUUUUGGUUUUACAUAAUUUUACUGAUUAAAGUGUCAACUUCC